AAGAAUUUUGCAAAAGUCCGGGCAAGUCUGACAAUUGUUAAAACCGGCAACCACAUAGAUAUUUAUAGAUCUGGUUUACCCAUACCAUGUAUACAAGGGCAGUGACAGCCUCACAAACAAUGGUUGUUACAAGUUAUCCUAAAUCGUUGAAUGUGGUCAUCCUCUUAUAAAGAGCAAAGUCAUGCCUACGGUGACUAUUCAGAGGUAUGACUGGAUAAUCUUUGAGCGGAAACGGUACCCUGUGUUGUGGUUAGCUUACACUGGGGACCUCGCUGGACUCCGACUAUGCCUGGAACAUGUGAAGGACGUUACAGAGAUCAGGGACGUCAACACCAAUACGUCCAUCCUGGGUUGGGCAGUGGUCGGAGACCAAGUGACCAUCAUCAAGUACCUGAUUGACCGAUAUCCAAAGCUGUUAACGUUAACCAACAAGUAUGGUGCCAGUCCACUCUUCUUGUGCUCUGUAUCAGGCAACGUGGACAUGUUCAAACUGUUUGUAAAGAAAGGGUUGUCUCCACACAUGAGAAUUGUUCACUUAGACACUGUCCUCAUGUUAACAGCAUCCAGAGGCCACCGUAGCCUCACACGCCAUAUCGUCGAAACCUACCCUGAUAUGUUGAGGAAAAUAUCAAAUGAUAAUAUGGACGUGUUUCUGUAUUCUUGCUACUCUGGAAGUGUCGACAUGUUUGAUUACAUGUUACAACAUAACCUUGACCCCACUGUAUCGGACAUUGACGGCAUCAACUGUCUUAUGAUUGCGGCAUGGUGUGGUCACGAAAUACUUCUGAGAUACAUUCUGAAAAAUGCAAGUAGACUUAACAUCAGCAUCCAUGCAACAGACACUGACGGUAAUUCUGCUGUGCUUUACGCUAUGUAUGGCGAGCAUUCACAUGUUAUCGACAUCCUGUUAGAAGCUGGAGUAGAACCACCAGAGAAUAUAUCUCAUCAGCUCGACAAGUAUCUGCGGCUUUUCUCUGGACAUAAGGAGAAAUACAGACACGUCCGAGUAGUGUUUGUUGGUCCAGAAAACGUUGGUAAGACCACGCUCUGUCUUCGACUCCAGGACAGACAUGUGGACAUCAGCGUCCGUCGUCCGACCAUGGGGGCCGAGCUCUUCCUGCAGCUGUACGAGAUAGGAUGGAACAGCAAGCGAUGGAUACGCAUGAAAACGGACAAAACGGAAGCGGUGAUCCAGAAACGGUUAGGAGCAAUCCUCCGAACAAUGAACGACAAUGACAUCAGUCCUUUAGUCACGCUAGACUUGCCGGUACCCAAUAGACUAUCCCUAUUAAACCAACAAGAAAGCAAGCCAGGGGUACCAGACGACCAAUUACAAUCGCAAGAUACGUUAAGGAAUGUUCGAGUUAGGGAGACUUCCUUAGUUCACCAGUAUUCCGAGCAACAAGAUGAGGACGUGGCUUUCCUGUCAAUGUGGGACAUGGGCGGGGACCAGGCCUUCCAGGCUUCCAACUCUGUGUUCAUCAGCGCCCACGGAGUCUACAUCGUCACGUUCAGGGCCAUUGACUACUUUACUGACGACAUGCAGAUGGAGAGACUUAAGAACUGGGUACGGAACAUUGGGGCCUACUCUCAAGUAUACAACCCAAACAGACGACGUAAACAUCUCCCGCCAAUCAUCUUGGUUGGAACACAUAUGGACAAGGUCAAGGCCAUGUGCAAGGAUGACACUAGAGUGGAAAAGGAGAAAAAACUUCUUGACAUGCGAGAUAUGAUGUGCACCAUCAGCGAACUUACAACGAGAAGAAAAACAGAAGGACUUGUCUUCCUCAAAUUCUGCACGGUUGACAACUCCAUUGAUGAUGACCCAGCAUUUGAGAAGAUCAGGGGAUAUAUCCUGGAAGCGGCGGCCUACCAGGACCAGUGGGAACGCGAACUGCCAGUGACGUGGCUCGCCCUGGAGAGGGAGAUUCUGGAAAAGAGGCGGCAGCAUCAUAAUGUUAUCACAUUUCAAGAAGUCAUGGACAUGGAUGCCGAGUGUGAAUUACCGACAAAAGACGAAGAGGAAAUUCAGAUUUUCAUAGAAUACCUUCAUUCCACAAGGUGUGUGCUGUACUUCCGGAAAUACAGGAAGGUGAUAAUAAACCCUCAGUAGGUCAUAAAUGCCCUUAGGGA